AUGGGGGAUGAACAGUGCGACGCCAAAUAUAGCGUCGCGCUGUUCAUCCCCGUCAAAAUGCGGCAACAAAUGCCGCUCGAUUGGAGCUCCCACGCAGCGGCAUUUUCACUUUUCGCCUCAAAAUGCCGCUGCGUUGGAGAUGUUCCCGUCACCGCCCCCUCCUCCCCCUCCUCCACCGGUAACUCUACCGACCCCUCUCAAUGCUCCUCCCUCCUAAACCUGAAACGAUCCUUCACCUCUGCAGACCUCGGCACGUGGCAGCCAGACACGGACUGCUGCGGGUGGGACGGCGUCCUCUGCGACCCAGUCUCGGGCCUGGUCACCGCCCUCGACUUAAGCCACCGCGUCAUCGCCGGUAAGCUCACCGCCGGUCUCUUUAAUAUCACCUCCCUUCGAAAGCUCGACCUUGCGUAUAAUGUGUUUGAUGAAAUUCCUAUUCCAAAUGAAAUUGGGUCGCUUUUAAAUUUGACCCAUCUUAAUUUAUCAAAUGCUGGGUUUUCUGGGCAAGUGCCCGUUGGGAUUGUGAAGUUGACGAACUUGGUGUCGCUUGAUUUGUCGACGAUUUCCUUGGUUCAGAGUUCUCUUAGUCUUGUGAAUCCUAAUCUUGGAACUUUGAUUGGGAAUUCGAGUGAGUUGAGAGAGUUGUAUCUUGAUAGUGUAAACAUUUCGGCAAAUGGGCAUCGGUGGGGCGCAGCGGUGGCGAAAUCUACUCCGAAACUGACAGCUUUGAGCUUGACGAGCUGUUCGAUCACUGGGCCUAUUGAUUCUUCACUCUCGAAGUUGAGCAAGUUGUCGGUGGUUCGAUUGGAUCAGAAUGAGUUGAAUUGCAGUGUGCCUGAUUUCUUCGGAAAGUUGUCUUCUUUGAGUGUGGUUAGUCUCAGUUUUUGUGGGCUUACUGGAUUUUUCCCAAAGGAUGUGUUUGUCUUGAAGAACUUGACAAAUAUUGACUUGUCAAAUAAUCUGAUGCUUUCUGGGUCAUUGCCAGAUUUCUUUAAUGACAGUAGGUUGAAUAGUUUGGUGCUAUCCGGGUCGAAUUUUUCUGGGUAUUUGCCGAAUUCUAUAGGGAAGCUGAAAUCUCUGACAAGAAUGGAUCUUUUCAAUUGUCAAUUUUCAGGAGUCGUACCCUUUUCAGUAGGCAACUUAAGCCAAGUUGUUUAUUUGGACCUUUCAAUCAAUAAUUUCACCGGUCCAAUCCCUUCUUCUAUGCCACCAAGAGUGUCUGAGCUGAUACUUUCAAACAAUAGGAUGACUGGUCCGAUCCCUUCAUCUAUUGGAAAGCUUGAGCAUGCAGUGAAGAUUGAUUUUUGUAAUAAUUUUCUUUCUGGGGAAAAUCCGGACGUCUCUAUUUGCUCUCGCAUUGUUACAAGAAGUGCAAUUGAGUCUGAACCAACUUUUAGAGAGAGAUUCCAAGGUCAGUCUUUCAGCUCUCGGCGCUUAAAGUUUUUACCAUCGCAUCGAAAUAACUUUAGCGGGACAGUUGACGUUGAUUGGUUUACUGCUCUUAGUAACCUCUCGAGUCUGGAUCUAUCAAAUAAUAGGAUUUCGGUAGAGGAUAAGGGUGGUAAUGCUUCUAUCCCCAAACUUGGCGCGUUGAUGUUAGCUACUUGCAAUUUGAAGAGGGUUCCAAGUUUCUCAAUGCAUCAAGAUCAGAUGGGUAUCCUAGACCUCUCAAACAAUAAAAUUCAUGGUGCAGUACCCGAUUGGAUAUGGAAUAUUGGGAACAAUAGUCUGAUAUAUUUAAACCAGUCUUUCCAACAUGUUCACCUCUGUUGGAAGCAAUCACAUAAGUGGUCUUUCCCCUUUUGGCUGGGGAGCAUUUGUUCUCUUCGAGUUCUAGUUCUGAGAUCAAAUGAACUCCAUGGCUAUGUUGGUUCUCCUCCAGAGACUCAUUCAAAUAACAAUACCUUCUCAAUGCUUCAAAUCUUUGAUAUUUCCUCUAAUUACUUCAACGGCACUCUUCCCUUGGAUUUCUUCAAGAAAUUGAAGGCAAUGAUGCAUUCAGAUUCUAAUCUCUCAACUCUGCGAUUUGAAUACAAGAAAUCGUCUCCCUCCUGCUACCAGAACGCAGUUACAGUUAAAAGCGAAGGGUUGGUCAUGACACUAGUAAGGUUAUUGGCAAAGGUAUUUAUGUCUCUCUAUUUCUCUAAUAAUCACUUUGAAGGUAAUAUCCCUGCGGUGAUUGGUCAGCUCCAAGGACUUCAUGCACUAAACCUUUCGUACAAUUCGUUUAUAGGAAAGGUCCCCGCAUCAGUAGGAAACUUGAAACAAUUGGAGUCGUUGGGCCUCUCGACUAACAGUCUCUAUGGUGAGAUUCCUCAAGAAAUGACGUCUCUCACAUGCCUCUCUUACUUGAAUCUCUCCCACAACUAUUUUUCUGAACAAAUUCCUCAAAGCAAUCAGUUCUCUACAUUUCCGAACACUUCUUUUUGGAGGAAAUCAGUGGUUACGUGGGAGCCCGUUAUCGAAGAAAUGCAGCGGAGGGAGGGGAAAUGGGACUGAUACGCUGAAGCAUUCUAAGUCUAGCAAUUCGGUGGCGAGCUAUGUGAUUGGAUUGGCAUUGUGUGUUGGUGGAGGAUUUGGAGUGGGGAUUGCUUGUGCUACAAAAUUUGAAGCAAUGGAAAAAGUGAAAUGCUAAUCUUCGAUAAAUAAGAUACAAAAUGUUGCGAGUGA